AGGAAGUGAAAAACAAAACAUUCCAUAAAACUAUCAAUAUAGCCAUUCAGUCUAGAAAUCAUACACUUUGAGGAAAAUUAAUUACAACUUGACUGACUUCAUACUAAACAAAGAAUGUUUCAACGACCUAGUUAUACUGAGAAUGUGUCAUUGAGACUGUCAGAGGUUCUUGCUGAUAUAGGAGUGGAUGAGAGGAUUGUUCAGAAAAGAAGAAGAAAAUGGCUGCUGAGGGAAUCUACGCAAACAAUAUCAUCACAACUACAGGAUAGGAAUGCUUCAGCAUAUCUUCUAGGCAGUCAGUGUGAGGGAACCACCACACUUGGGUUACAGUCAGACAUUGAUGUACUUGUCUCUCAUAAUGACAUUAAUGUGAUUCAAGACUGGGCUGAUUGGGAACCUGGUUUUCUCAAUUACUUGAUGAUCCAGGAUGAGACUGUAUCAUCUGGUUAUUGUCUACUACAGCUGCUGAGACCUGAUGCUCCUCUUCCUUACAAUGUACUUGAUCAAGAACAUGUCAGAGACAGAACAGGAAGAAUAUUGCAUAAGAAUAUACAUAUAUCAGCAGUAGGAGCUAAAGUUUGGAAGGGAGGAGUAAGACAUGGUCCAGCAUAUGCACGACAAAGACAGUCUGGGUUUAUAGAUAUUGACACUGUUGGUGCCCUCCCCUGUAAAUCAUGGCCUCUACAAGCUAGGCAAUGGUUAGACCAGCAAGGUGUAGGUCAGUGGCCUUCAGAUGACAUGAAGAGAUAUUGUAGCAGUACAGGAUGUUUUGUUGUUGGUGUUGGAAAGAAGGACAGUGAAAAUGAAGAGCUAGAAUGGAGAAUAUCAACAUCUCUAGCAGAAAGGUGUUUAAUGUUUAAUCUCAAUAUUACACAGAUCCGCUGUUACGUCUUGAUGAAGAUGAUAUUAAAAACCUUCAUCAAGCCAUACUUCGGAGACACAAUCUCAAGUUUCAUGUGUAAAACAGGUCUGUUUCACUGUAUUGCAAAUACAUAUUCUAAUGUCUGGAGAGAAAAUAAUUUACUUGUUUGUCUAUCAUUGUAUUUAUUUGUCUUGAACAGUAGUAUAUUCAAUGAAUAUUGUCCACAUUUUAUCAUACCUGGAAACAACUUGAUGAGAGGACAUAUUUCUCAUGAAUCUAAAGGUUACAUACUUGAAGUACUGCAGUAUGUUAUAAACAGUGAAGGGAGAGCAUUACUGGAGAUGGAAUGUGAUCAUCUUGGUGCAAGGAUCCAGCUGAAGUUGAGUUAUUUGCUCUUUGAGUUUGAUAUUGAGAUCAAAGAGAACUUGAGUACCCUUAUUUCAGGGAAUUUAUUAAACUGCACCGCACAGUUAAAUGAUAUGGUCAUAAAGAGAUGUCUGACUUUAAUUACAAACAGUAGUUAUAAAGAAGCUAUACAAACAUUGCUGAAAUAUAUUUUCAAAUUAGUCAUUAUUUUUAAUCAAUGUCAAGGAUUGGACAAAACAGCUAGCAGCCUUCUUGUACCACAAUUCUGUACCACUCUGGGAACUAUCCUGGCAUCUCUCAACAUUCAACAGUAUAAUGGUAUAUCAGUAGAAGCUCUCACCUGGAUCUCACUGGGUCUGAACACUGAUGUUUCAUCUAGUAAACUAAAACUAGCAUCCAUGUUGUACUGUAUAGGGGACUCUCAAAGAACAGAAGUUGUUCUCAGAGAUAUUGAAACAAACUAUGAUCUCAACAUUGUUGAACCAAUUUGUAGGUGUCAUGAUUUCAUGUGUCAACCUUACAGAAAAGGGUUCCAUGCAACAGCUGACAAUCAUAAUGAAGAAGCUAUACAGUACACUACAGCAGUCUGUGUCAAAUUUCUACCAUGUGAAAUUAAUUGUGUUCCACGUGAACUUAGAUAUGAAAUGUUUAAAUCUACACAAGAGGACCUUGCUUUCAGAGGAGAUGAUAAGUGGAUGUACUGGGCUGUGGUAGAUUCUCUUCCUUAUCUCUACUUUCUACAAUACAAGACCUACAGCUAUCAUAGGAUACAAAAAAAACAAAGAGCACUUUUCAACCUUACCAGAACCAUUGACCAGGAAUCAAACCUUGGACACAGGGAAACAGCUCUAAAUCUACUGGGUCAAUGUUUGGAACAAGAGGGCAGGGCUAGAGAUGCUUUACGUUGUUAUUUAUUGUCUCUAAAUCUAAGGGAGAGAAACAAUGCUGCCAAGUUCCAUAUCUGUAGAAUGCUGUUUACUUUGGCCAAUGACCAAUAGUUUAAAAUGAACAAACAAACUGUUUUACAAGUUAGUGGAGAAUAUCAAUACAUUGAAUAUUUAUGAUACUGGUACAAGAGAUGUAUUUAACAGUUUUAAUGAAAUUACUGUGACUCAUUUUGUGACAAAAGGAAAUCAGGCAAACUUUUAUUUAAAAUGCGAAAAGACAAAUGCAAAGAAUCAAAUUUAUUUGGAGAGGGUGAACUGUAUUUACACAACUGUUCUGUUCUAUUGUUCUCUGCGGGUUAAUAACCAAAAUGAAUACCUACAUACCGUACCUGCGCACGUGGACAGGUAUCGCACCAUACCUGCGCACGUGCACAGGUUUCAUAUCAUACCUAACACGUGAAAAGAAUGUUAGAUUAGUUUAAACCGUAAUGUUUAUUUAAUGCCAUGCUAUUAUCCAUAAGUAUUAAGUAUUCCGUAUAUUUUCCGUAAAUUAAUGCCUGGUGUCUUAAGCUAAAUAGCGUGUAAAAAAUGUUUCAAAAUGUUACAUGUGCAGAUAUGUUACAUGUGCAGAUAGCUGUGAUGACAAACGUUUAGCUGCUGAUCUGUAUUUUUGGUUCAAGUUCUGCGUUCCCCCAAAUUUUACCGGUUGAAAUAUUGCCAUACUUAUCUGAUCAAACCUUAUGGUCUAUAAUCGUUAUGGAAAAUGUUGAAUACAACAUGAUUAUUUAAAAGUACCUUAGAUAAGAAGACAAAGUAUUUCUCACCAGCAUUUCCAGAAAAUUAAUACUAGAUCUCAGGCCUGUAGCUACACUGAGGCACAGGAAGGCCGGUGCCUCCUUGUUUUUCUGCCAAGAUUAUGAAAAAUAAAAGGAUAUAUUUUGAAGCACCAAUAAUUUCUUUUAAAGCAUAACCGAGCUGAGGCACUAUUAUUUUAUUUUAUUUUGUUUAAAUUAUUUACUCCCAUUUUUAAUAUCAAAAAUAAUUAUACUAUAGCACAGUUUUCGUACAAGUUAAAUUUAUGCGCUCGUUAGUUUAUAUUCCAUCUUAUACUGUCGCUGCCAGUUGGUUCAUGUUCUUGCGAAAGAAUUUUUAGCGCAUUGCAAAGCCGCCUUAAUGACAUUGCGCUGAAGUUUAAAGCCUUAAAUUUGAAAGUAAUUGGAUUCAACCGGGCAUAACGUUUAAUUCAGCCUUAUUUUAGUGCAUUUUAAACGAUCUGGCGGGGCGGGGUUUCGCGGCUGUCCACUGCAUUAAUGUGCAGGAUAAGUAGUAUCUUCGGCAACCUAAUUUCUUAUUUACUGGCCAUCUAACGUAUACUGUAACCACCUAUUUUGCUCGCUUUUGAGAUUACCAUUAUUUGCAUAAGCCAGAGAUUAACCCCAUCCCGCCAGGUCAAAUUCUUCUACUUCUUCUUCGUUCACGACUAUACUGUCUGACCAGUAGUCUCGAUGACACUUAUGGUUUUCCGCAGAUCCUCAAUGCUUCCACACAGAUUCUGGCGGAUUUAGGUUACCGCAUUAUUAACUAAAAAGUGACGACUGUGAGAUGUUAUGGGCCCAACGGAAAGUAACAGGAACCAGUAACUUGUAUGUUGGAGGUUUCUACCGUCCGCCAGAUGUCGAUGACACAGAAUACCUUGCUAAGCUGGAUUCAUGCCUGGCUCGGAUUCCAACAGGAGCACACGUCUGGCUGGGAGGCGAUUUCAACCUUGGGGACAUAAAUUGGGAUGACUGCAGUGUUACAUCAUCAAAAUCGUCUCUCUGCAACCAACUCAUUGAUAUAUCAAAUGGCUGCUUCCUAACACAAAUAGUAACUGAACCAACAAGAACAACAGAGACAUCU